GUAUCCAUUGGUAUAUAUGUGCAGAGAGUUUGAGAAAUCGCUGAGAUGUCAGAACAGGUUGUGGCAGCGAAAAUGGCAGAGGACGAACUGAAAGACAUCCCGCAAAAAGACCUGCUAUCUCCGCUGACACCGAGGGCGGAGGACAAGGGGAUGAUAAAAAACGAAGCAAAUUCGGCCACUACUACUUCGUCUGCGACACUUACACCCGAGACUGCUGCAGGGGACCAAAACAUUAGUCCCUCUCCUAUGUCGAGCCCGAAGAUGCCCCAAGCAUCCGCUUUGAAGCGGACAGAUCCACAGCAGAACGGCGGAGAAUCUUUCGUAAAUCGUGAUGGGACCGUAGCAGAAGCUCCAAGGAUGAAAAAGAUCCAGUUUGCGGACCAGAAGCAGGAGUUUAACAAGCGGCCCACCAAGAUCAGCCGCCGCUCUCUCUCCCGCUCCAUCUCUCAGUCCUCCACAGACAGCUACGGCUCAGCCGCCUCCUACACGGACAGCUCUGACGAUGAGACGUCCCCGCGGGACAAGCAGCAGAAGAACUCCAAGGGCAGCGCGGACUUCUGCAUCAAGAACAUCAAGCAGGCCGACUUCGGCCGCCGGGAGGUCGAGAUCGCAGAGCAAGAGAUGCCAGCGCUCAUGGCCCUGAGGAAGAGAGCCCAGGGGGAGAAGCCUCUCGCUGGAGCCAAAGUGGUGGGCUGUACACACAUCACUGCCCAGACUGCUGUGCUGAUGGAGACGCUGGCCGCUCUGGGGGCUCAGUGCAGGUGGGCCGCCUGCAACAUCUACUCCACCCAGAACGAGGUGGCCGCCGCUCUGGCUGAGGGAGGGUUCUCCGUGUUUGCCUGGAAAGGGGAGUCUGAGGACGACUUCUGGUGGUGCAUCGACCGCUGCGUUAACCUGGAGAGCUGGCAACCCAACAUGAUUCUGGAUGACGGUGGAGAUCUGACCCACUGGAUCUAUAAGAAGUAUCCCCGUAUGUUUAAGAAGAUCAAGGGGAUUGUGGAGGAGAGUGUAACUGGGGUUCACAGGUUAUACCAGCUUUCCAAGGGCGGCAAGCUGUGUGUCCCGGCCAUGAACGUGAACGACUCUGUGACCAAGCAGAAGUUUGACAACCUCUACUGCUGCAGGGAGUCCAUUCUGGAUGGGCUGAAGCGCACUACGGACGUGAUGUUUGGGGGGAAGCAGGCGGUGGUGUGCGGAUAUGGAGAGGUUGGGAAAGGCUGCUGUGCUGCUCUGAAGGCCAUGGGCUCCAUCGUGUACGUCACAGAGAUCGACCCAAUCUGCGCCCUGCAAGCCUGCAUGGACGGCUUCAGACUGGUGAAGCUGAGCGAGAUCAUCCGACUGGUGGACGUCGUUAUCACCUGCACAGGCAAUAAGAACGUGGUGGUCAGGGAGAACCUGGACCGCAUGAAGACCGGCUGUAUUGUGUGUAACAUGGGGCACUCCAACACCGAAAUCGAUGUGGCCAGCUUGCGGACCCCAGAGCUGACCUGGGAGCGUGUGAGGUCACAGGUAGACCACAUCAUCUGGCCUGACGGCAAGAGGAUAGUGCUCCUGGCUGAGGGUCGUCUCCUUAAUCUGAGCUGCUCCACUGUGCCCACGUUUGUGCUGUCAAUCACUGCCACCACUCAGGCUCUGGCUCUCAUAGAGCUGUACAACGCUCCGGACGGGCGCUACAAACAGGACGUCUACCUACUGCCCAAGAAAAUGGACGAGUACGUAGCGAGCCUUCACCUGCCGACGUUCGACGCGCACCUGACCGAGCUCAGCGACGAGCAGGCCAAGUACCUGGGGCUGAAUAAGAACGGGCCCUUCAAGCCCAAUUACUACAGGUAUUAGCAUUAAAAAGAAAAAGAAACACCGGACUCCACAGCUGUACUACAAAGAAGAGGAAGAGGAAGAAGAGGAAGGCUGGGGGGGGGGGGUAUAUUCCUUUGAGCUGCCCAACGAAACUGCCGGACCCCGUCUCCCGAGUGUGACAGCAGUUCCUUCCCUUGUCUUCUCGGCCAAUCACAUCGCCCCUUUAGAGAAGCCAUAGUCACACUCACACUGUAACCCGAUAGUCGGGUCUUGUGAGGACGUGACAUGCAUGUUACAGUCUUGCUUUCUGUGCCCCCACUCCCCCGCCCCCUUGUCAAUUUCAAUUCAGCUGAACUGUUUUUUUUGGGGGGGGGGGGGGGGGGUUGUUUUAAUUGGGGUACCAGAUAUAUUCUCUCUCUGAAUACUCCUCUCUGUCGGACUGAAGUUGUCGACAGUGUGAGGGGGAGGAGUCUCUCUCUCUCCGCACCCAACCCUGUGCUCCCCUCAUUUCCUGUUAGCUGGAGUUUUCGGGGUUCCACUUCCUGCUCUCCUCUACUCUGUAGUGCAGUAUCUGAAAGUUUCUAACUGUUAAAAUAAUUCCACUGUUAGACUGGAAAAAAAAAACAUUGCACCAAUGAGUGACUGGAAUUGGUUAUUCAUAUUAUAUUUUCUUUCUGCAAUGAAUAUGGACAAGGUAAUUUAAAUGGGUAUGUUGGGUUGGAUUUUUAUAAAGGAAAUUAAGCUUUUUUUAAGUUUCAUUUGAUCGUUUUUAUUUUAUUUUUUGCUUCCUUUCAAAAGAACAUAAAUGUCAGUAACAAAUAAGCAGUUAAAUUUGUUAGAUGUGCUAUUGGUGCGCUGAAGGUCCUGUCUCACAUACUGUGAAGCCAAAUCUGAUUACAUUGGGGUCAUUUAGGACAUAUCGUAGAUAGCAGCUGCCUGUUGCAUAGCAACAGUGGGGUGGGGGGUGGUCAGUGCGUCCCCUGGGUCUGAAGCUCUAAGGCAGGGGGGUCCAGUCUUAUCCAAAAAAAAAAGAAAAGUGAGGGUGCAGGUUUUUGUUUUAGCCCAGCACUGUGACACCCCACUCAACUAAUGAACUAACCGCGGUCUUUAAUCAAGACCUUGAUAGGCAGACUUGAGUGUCUUAGUACUGGGCUAAAACAGAGACCUGCAGCCACACCAGCCCCUUUCAGAUAAGACUGGACACCCCUGCUCUGAGUUGUUUCAUUCUGGAAUUUGCUCACUUUUCACGUGUCGAUCUCAAACAAACAUACUUUGAGUAAAUCUUUUCUAUUGGCUUUUACUAUUAUUAUUAUUAUUAUUAUUAUUAUUAUUUAUUAAUAAUGCUGGCCAUCACUCUGCCAGAGCGUAACCCAAAACAUAGAAUGCCCACGUCUGUCAUUCUUCUUUCCAAUUUUCUCUCGUUCUUAAACUUCUUUCACGUGGUCCUCCUACCUACCUAGCUGGAGGCCCACCACGUGCCGCUUGCCUGAAGGUGUCUGACCUGGGCCUGGUCCUCGUGGGGGCUGCCCCCAGGCCCCCAUGCCCCCAUGCCCCCAGGCCCCCAGGCCCUGUUUCACCAAGCAGCAGUGCUGAGUACAGCCGGGUAACUGCGCUGAGUAAAAACCUGGAAACCUCCUCAAAUCCGGAACGUGGUCUGAAGUUAAAAAAU